UGGAAAGUAGUCUUCUCUGUAGAUUCAGCUGGGUCUCUCCAUCACAGAAAAGGCUUCUCUACCUGUCUGAAAGAAGAGUUUCACAGUAUGGCGUUAAACCUAACCAUCAACACAAGCAAUCCGCCUCUAGGGGCUCUUCUGGCAGCGGAGCAUGUGAAGGGCAGUGUGCAGGUAUCAGUGGAGGAAGGCAAAGACACCCGCCUUCACGUCUCCGAUGCUGUCCAGUUCAGUGAUUCCAACUCUAUCAGUCGGUACUUAGCUCGGGUGGCUCCUGCUCUUGGACUCUAUGGAGCUAACAUGAUGGAGCAGACUGAGGUCGACCACUGGUUGGAGUUCAGUGCUCGGCGCCUGUGUGGUCAGCCUGGUUUUGCCGUAGCACUGGGUGAACUGGACAUGGCCCUUUCCCUGCGGACCUUCCUGGUUGGACGUGCUCUCACCCUGGCUGAUCUCUCUGUCUGGGCUGCCCUCAAAGGUCACGAGGGAUGGCCAAGCCAGGGCAAGUCCUUCACCCACAUCAAUCGCUGGUUCUCUUUCCUGAGCUCACAGGUUCCCUUCACUGCUGUGGGCAACAUGUACGCCAGUAAAAAAGCCCCAAUGAACAAAUCCAAUUCGAACGAGAAGAAGCAGGAUGUUGGAAAGUUUGUGGAGUUGCCAGGAGCUGAGAUGGGCAAGGUGGUGGUUCGAUUCCCUCCUGAGGCCAGUGGAUACCUGCACAUUGGCCAUGCCAAGGCUGCUCUGCUCAACCAGCACUACCAGGUUACAUUUAAAGGGAAGCUCAUCAUGCGCUUUGACGACACCAACCCUGAGAAGGAAAAGGAGGACUUUGAGAAGGUGAUUCUGGAAGAUGUUGCCAUGCUUCAGAUUCACCCAGACCAGUUCACCUACACCAGCGACCAUUUUCCCACCAUCAUGCGAUUUGCUGAACAGCUGCUUGCAGAGGGCAAGGCCUAUAUCGACGACACCCCUCCUGAGCAGAUGAAGCAGGAGAGGGAGCAGCGCAUUGAGUCCAAAUGCAGAAAUAACACGGUGGAGCAGAACUUGAAGAUGUGGUCGGAGAUGAAAGCAGGAACAGAGCACGGUCAGACCUGCUGCAUGAGGGCCAAGAUUGACAUGAAGUCCAACAACGGCUGUAUGAGAGACCCCACCCUCUACCGCUGCAAGAACGCUAUGCACCCCCGCACCGGAAGCACCUACAAAGCCUACCCAACAUACGACUUUGCCUGCCCCAUCGUGGACAGCUUGGAGGGUGUGACCCAUGCUCUUAGGACCACUGAGUACCACGACCGUGACGAGCAGUUCUACUGGAUAAUCGAUGCCCUGCGCCUCAGGAAACCCUACAUCUGGGAGUAUGCCAGACUCAACCUCAAUAACACAGUGCUGUCCAAGAGGAAGCUCACCUGGUUCGUCGACCAGGGAUACGUCGAUGGAUGGGAUGACCCUCGCUUCCCCACAGUCAGAGGAGUCCUGAGGAGAGGCAUGACCGUGGAGGGUCUGAAACAGUUCAUAGCAGCACAGGGAGGAUCAAGGUCAGUGGUGAACAUGGAGUGGGACAAGAUCUGGGCCUUCAAUAAAAAGGUUAUUGAUCCAGUUGCUCCCAGAUACACCGCUCUGUCCUCCUCCUAUGUGGUUCCUGUUUCUGUCCCAGAGGCUACAGAGGAGAUGAAGGAAGUGGCCAAACACCCUAAGAACGCAGAAGUGGGCAUGAAGGAGGUUUGGUACGGACCUCGAGUUCUGAUUGAAGGAGCGGAUGCAGAAACUUUCUCAGAGGGCGAGGUGGUCACCUUCAUCAACUGGGGCAACCUCAUCAUCACCAAGAUCAACAAAGGGGCUGACGGUAAGGUCGUGUCAAUGGAGGCUCGUCUGAACCUGGACAACAAGGACUACAAGAAGACAACAAAGAUCACAUGGCUCACCGAAACAAACAGUGCCCCCCUCCUGCCCACUAUCUGCAUCAACUAUCAGCCUCUGAUCUCCAAAGCUGUCAUCACCAAGGACGACGAUUUCAAAGAUUACAUUAACAAAAACAGCAAGUUGGAGGAGAAGAUGCUCGGAGAUCCCUGUCUGAAGAACCUGAAGAAAGGUGACAUCAUCCAGCUCCAGAGACGAGGCUUCUACAUCUGCGACCAGCCCUACGAGCCAGUCAGUCCUCACAGCUGUAAGGAGAGCCCCUGUGUCCUGCUCUACAUUCCUGAUGGUCACACCAAGGAGAUGCCAACUGCUGGAUCCAAGGACAAGAGCAAGAGCCAGGCCUCCAGCAACACACCUGCCACCCCUACCAAGGCUGCCUCAACCUCUGCCCCAGCACCUGCCUCAACGUCAGCUGGUGACCUGUUCUCUAGCAUUGUAGCUCAGGGUGAAGCUGUUCGUCAGCUAAAGACCGCCAAAGCCCCUAAAGACGAAGUGGACAAGGCUGUUCAGCAGCUGCUUUCUCUAAAGGCUCAGUUUAAGGAGCAGACGGGUAUGGACUACAAGCCAGGCAUGACUCCUCCCACCUCUGCUCCAGCCCCGCCCACAUCAUCAACAGACUCCACCUCCUGUCCAUUCACCCGCGUUGCCCAACAGGGUGAGCUGGUCAGGAAACUGAAGGCAGAGCAGGCACCUAAGGACCAGAUUGAUGUAGCAGUGAAGCAGCUCCUCGCUCUAAAGGCCGAGUUUAAAAAGCUGACUGGUCAAGAGUACAAACCAGGGAUGGCCCCGCCCACCGCCGCUUCCCCUGCUUCUUCCCCUGCGACCAACUCUUCCUCUUCUUCGGACCUCUAUGAGCGUGUUGCACAACAGGGGGAGGUCGUGAGGAAACUGAAGUCUGAGAAAGCCCCCAAGGACCAGAUUGAUGCAGCAGUGAAACAGCUACUUGCCCUGAAGGCAGAGUAUAAACAGGUCACAGGCCAAGAGUACAAGCCUGGAGCUGCCCCAGUUCAGAAAGCCCCUGCUCCUGCUCCUGCUCCUGCCCCUGCCCCAGUCCAGAACAGCCCCAGCCCUGCCCCUGCUGCCACCGGGCUCUAUGAGAAGGUAGCUGAACAGGGAGAAGUGGUCAGGAAGCUGAAAGCUGGAAAAGCUCCCAAGGAUCAGGUCGAUGCUGCAGUGAAGCAGCUGUUGGCUCUGAAGGCAGAGUACAAACAGCAGACCGGACAGGAUUACAAACCAGGAUUGCAAGCCCCAGCUAACCCUGCCCACACCCAGUCCAGCUCCCCCUCAACCCAGACCAGUUCUUCUCCACAGGCCCAGGAGCUGUUCUCACAGGUGGCCCAACAGGGAGACCUGGUGAGAAAGUUAAAGUCUGAGAAGGCCCCCAAGAAUCAGGUAGAUGAAGCCGUGAAGACUCUACUGGAACUGAAGAACAAAUACAAGACGCUUACUGGAGAGGACUACAAACCAGUGGCUGCUACUGGAGCAACUGGUGGAGAGGACAAAAACCGCAAGGAGAAGGAGAACAAAUCUGAGAAACAGGGAGGAGGAGGAGCAGGAGGAGGCAAGAAGGGUAAAGGAGACAAGGCCGGUCAGGGCAAGGAAUCCUCAGGAGGAGCAGGAGGCUCAGGAGAGGGUCAAGGAUCCAAGAAACAGACACGGUUGGGCUUGGAGGCUAAGAAAGAAGAGAACCUGGCUGACUGGUACUCCCAGGUCAUUACUAAAGCGGAGAUGAUUGAGUAUUAUGAUGUUAGUGGCUGCUAUGUGCUGCGGCCCUGGGCCUUUUCCAUCUGGGAGUCCAUUAAAGACUUCUUUGACCGGGAAAUUAAAAAGCUCGGUGUGGAGAACUGCUACUUCCCCAUGUUCGUCUCUCAGGCCGCCCUCGAGAAAGAAAAGUCCCACAUUGAAGACUUUGCUCCAGAGGUUGCCUGGGUAACCCGGUCAGGAAAAACAGAGCUGGCAGAGCCCAUUGCUGUCAGACCCACCAGUGAGACAGUGAUGUACCCGGCCUAUGCUAAAUGGGUCCAGUCCCACAGAGACCUGCCAAUCAAACUCAACCAGUGGUGUAAUGUUGUGAGGUGGGAGUUCAAACACCCCCAGCCCUUCCUGAGGACAAGAGAGUUCCUGUGGCAGGAGGGACAUACAGCAUUUGCCACAAAAGAGGAGGCAGCUGAGGAGGUGCUUCAGAUCCUGGAUCUGUACGCCAGGGUGUAUGAAGAGCUGAUGGCGAUCCCCGUGGUGAAGGGGAGGAAGACAGAGAAAGAGAAGUUUGCAGGAGGAGAUUACACCACUACUGUGGAGGCAUUCAUCUCCGCCAGCGGCCGAGCCAUUCAGGGUGCUACAUCCCACCAUCUUGGCCAGAACUUCUCCAAGAUGUUUGAGAUUGUGUUUGAGGAUCCGAAGAAGCCGGGCGAGAAGCAGCUGGCUUUCCAGAACUCCUGGGGAAUCACAACCAGGACCAUAGGUGUCCUCACCAUGGUCCAUGGAGACAACAUGGGGCUUGUACUGCCACCCAGGGUCGCCUGCCUGCAGGUUGUCAUCAUCCCAUGUGGACUCACCGCCUCCCUGCCAGAGGAGGAGAAGGAGGCACUAUUGGCCCUGUGCUCUAAAUACCUGAGCAGGCUGCAGGGUGCUGGCAUCAGGGUGAAGUCUGACCUCCGAGAUAACUAUUCCCCAGGAUGGAAGUUCAACCACUGGGAGCUCAAGGGAGUUCCUAUUCGUCUGGAAGUUGGCCCUAAAGAUAUGCAGCAGCGUCAGUGCGUCGCAGUGAGGAGAGACUCAGGCGCGAAGGUGACAGUUCCAGAGGGAGAGGUGGAGAAGAGGCUGGUCGACAUGUUGGAGGACAUCCAGAACAGCCUGUUCAAGAAAGCCUCAGAUGACCUGAAGAGUCACAUGGUGGCUGCAGACACAAUGGAACAGUUCCAGAAAGAGCUGGACCAGGGCAAGAUUGUCCAGAUCCCAUUCUGUGGAGAAAUCAAGUGCGAGGAUUGGAUCAAGAAAACCACUGCCAAGGACCAGGACCUGGAGCCUGGAGCUCCAUCCAUGGGAGCUAAGAGCCUGUGUAUCCCCUUCUCUCCACUGAAGACGCUGCAGCCUGGUCAGUCAUGUGUUGGCUGUAAGCAGCCUGCACAGUACUACACCCUGUUUGGACGCAGCUACUAAAAACCUGUUCUGAUCUUAAAAGGGGGAUGAACACCGUAGUUGAAAAGGGCUUUCCUACCCUCUACAUUUCUUUGUGAUGUCCUGUGGGUGUCUAGGUCAAUCAGUAGGGGCAUGGAGGUGACUCGACUGUGGGAUUUACAAUGGGAAUGUCUCUGUUUUUUUCUUUUUUUUUUUUUUUUUAAUUUUUUUUAACAUGUUAACAUUGUUAUAAUACAUCGAAAAGGAAGUGGAGGUUAAAGAAAACGUUAACUCUUAGAAUUCCAUUAUAAGAGAAAACAGCUGUAGUGCUGUUUCUCACCUACUCUCUACAGACCACAUCAGAAGAACACUCGCUUUCCACAAGUGGUUUGUUUGAUGGAAAUUACCAACAGAAACCAGACAUAUAACACAUCUUUGCUUUCAGGCAAGUUUGUCUACAUGUAACAUGUCAUCUUUUGGAGUCCUAAAUGUGACUAAUGAAAUAGUGAAAGCUUCUGAUGGAUUUUGGAAACCUCUAUUAUUAUUAUUAUUAUUAUUAUUAUUAUUAUUAUUAUUAUUAUUGGGUUUUUUUCCCCAUAACUGCCUGCUUAAAAUUUCAGAUUUCACAUUCUUUCUAGUAUAAUAUUUAUGUCAGCAUUGAUGAAUUGAGUGGGUUAGGCCUUUAAAAACUUGGUAAAGCAAACAAACAAAAAAAAAAAAAUCAAAGUACCAACAGGUGAAAAAAAAUUCCAGA